GAGCUGAGCACCAGCCACUGUCAACCACUGCUAGUCAACUCCGUCACGAUCCCAAUGAAAGCAAGUCAAGCGCCAUGUCCUACGCGCCGUCCACUAUUGAGUACCAACAUGGAAUCGUUUAUCCGUUAACAUCACGAUGGAACAAAGGGGUUCUAGACGGCCAGACCCAGUAAUGAAGAGCUUGGCGCAGUUCAUGGGUUUUUGCUAUGAAAAAUCCAAGCAUAUAAGGUCUCAAUUGUCUCGCAGACUUUAUCAUCACAUACCCCCUAUCUAAAAUCACACUAAUCUCAAUCAACAUCAACAACAUACCACUGCAAGUUCACAUAAUCACUUUAUUAGUCGUGCCAUUUAUUAUGCUGUCGAUGCCUGCGAAGCUAAGGCUCGUUGCCGCUCCUCCACCUUCCCCCGCUGUCCAAAAGGUGCCUACCCCCUUCCGCCCCUAACCCACCAAAAGUGACUUUGACCGGACCGGCUGGGGCGUUCAUGGUUGAGUUCUUUGAUGUGGAGCGGAGCGCCGUAUAAGGACCACUGGGCGUAUUGGGUGCGUUCGCAUGUCAACUCUGCCGAAGGCGUUUUGAUUCAUGCCGCCGGCGAUGUGAUGAACGGCUUCAGAUCUGAGUUCAAGCGACACCAUGAUUUUCGAAUCACUGGCAACCCUCCCGACGAGGAGAUUCCGCUGCAGUUGGUCGAGAGUCGCAUUUCCACGAGGAAGCCAUGUCAAAGAUGGACAAUACAAGCUGGAUUACUCACCAGUUUGCGGAUUGAGGCGAGUGCGUAUAAGAUGAAGGCUCCAGAAAAGUCCUUGAAUGCUGCAAAUGAUAGCACCAAAUCAGGUACGGAAAUAAAGCCAAGAAAUUGCCAGACGUGAAUUGUCGAAUCUGCCGAUCAGCUGGUCAACGAUCGUAUCUUCAAUGUGGACACUGCUGCUUACCUUCAUGCCAUUAAACAG